AUGAUAACAAAAUUGAACGAUCUCUCUGUCGAAUUAUUCUACGAGAUAUUUAUUUAUUUCCAGUUCCAUGAAAUAUUCAAUAUUUUUUCUAAUCUCAAUUCUCGUUUUAUUGCUAUCGUUAGCAAUAUACGAUUUAUUCGCGCUAACUUGGGUUUGAAUGGUAUGGAUAUUGCUGUCACUGAAUUUUAUUAUGUACAUUUAUUACAACCAAACGUAUGUGAUCGUCUUAUUUCAUUGAGUGUCUCACAUACAUUAGCUAUUGAUAAUGGUUUAUGGUUAGCGUCUAAUUUAUCUGCAUUUAUCAAUCUUCGUCAUUUAUCGUUAAUCGAUAUUAAACGUUCUUGUUUUGAAUUAAUGCUCAAUAUAUCUUCACCCAACACAUCUCUCGUCAUAUAUAACGUACAUUAUACAGAAUACUAUCAAGCUGCAUAUACAUUUAAAGGUGUACCUGAGGGUGCAUAUUAUAAAAGAAUCUUUCGUUUAUUUCCUUUAUUACGUCUUCCAAAGACCAAAAAAAGAUUCAUAGUAACUGUAUCUGUUUUGAUUAUACCAUCUGAAAUAGCAAUUGUAUUAGCACCAACAGGAUCAGGUACCCAUAAUCAAGUUUGUCGUAUUGAUAAACGUUUGGUUCCUAAUCUACGUUGUCUUAAAAUAACAUUAAAAUAUGAUAUUAAUGCUAUGGAGCUGCUUGAUCAAUUAUUUGAUCAUGAUGUUUUAUUUUCAUUGACAAAAUUCACAUUAGAAGGGAUGGUGACUGGACCUAAUGUUGUUUCCAAGUUAUUAUCAAUGCUUUGUCAUCAAUGUUCAUAUACAUACAUUGUUAGAUGGAUUGUGAAAACUACGAUAUCAUUAUCGAACACAAGUAGUAUCUUGUUAAAUACAUUGCAACAAUUGAAAGGACGAAUACCAAUCGAAUUAGAAUUAUGUUUAUAUAAUAAUGGGUAUUCUAUUGAAACUUUCACGUUGCCACGAAAGGACAAAUCUUUAUGUGCUUAUAGAUAUUUAAACAAAAACUUUGUUCACGUACAAAGUCAUUGGUCAUGUACUUUAUCAACAGCUUUGAAUAAUAAUUUGACAUGUAUCAAUAAAAUAACAUUGGAUGGUAGAUGUUCUCAAACCAAUGACGAAUUUCUCUCGUACUUACUAACUAUUGUUUCUUGCCGUCAAAUUACUUCGCUUACAAUUGAUGAUCCAUUCGAUUUAUGUCAACUACGUUUGCUCUUAUCAAAAAUGAUUCAUUUACGUACUCUAGAGCUUUUUUAUCACUUCGAUUAUGAUUUAGAUGAUGAAAGAAACAAGCAAAAUGUAAUCAAACUUUUCAAUGAUACUUCUUUAUGCAAUAUACUCAUGUCAAAUGGAUUAAAAAAACUACAUUUUUAUACGGAUUGGGAAUAUCCAGAUAUGAUAGGUAUUGUUUCUUUAAUUGUGAAACAAUUGCCACAUCUGGAAAUCAUAGAGUUAAACUAUCAUAAUGGUAGUCAAGUUCCUGAAACAUUACAUAUACUAAUAAAUGGUCUUCCAAAAUUGAAUUUUAUCAUUUUUCAUGUUUGUUUGACUGGUGAAAAUGAACAAGAGUCAAAAAUGCGUGAUCUUCCGAACCAUUGUAAACGUGCAUAUAGAAUGGAGAAUCUUCGAGAACUUGCUGAUGCCCAAAUACUUCAUGUAUGGCUUCAAUAA